AUGUCCCCCACUACCCCAAAGUCGGGGAAGAAGCCGUCGCUUGGCGACACCCUCGCCCUUCACUCCGUCAGAAAGACGGCCUCUUGUGAGCCCCUCGGAAAGGAUGCUGCUGCUUCUUCCGACGAAGACAGCAACCGCGGAGGUGGAGCCCGAUUUGAGACUGCAAGCGACAUCCUCUCGCCGUUCCCCAACAGCCGACUGCAGGCAAUGAAGCUCGCCUCGGACGGUGGAACCCCUCGAUCCAACCGGUCUUCCACCUUCAUGGCAUUCGGAUCUGCCGACGAUGGUGACGUAUUUACCGACGGCUCCAAUGAGGAUACUUGUGCUGACCCUCGUGGUAAUGACGCCACGAACCUCACGGUGUACAGCGAUGGUAGAAACAAGGUUGAUCCCCAGACGAUGUACGCCGGCUCGGCAUGCAUGUUUGUUGCAAACCUGCCGCAGCAUUUCUCCGACAACGAACUCGAGGAAGAAGUCACUCGGGUCUUCGGCCGUUUCGGAACGGUAUUCGUCAAGAUCAAGCGCGACGGCAGACACAUGCCGUUUGCGUUUUGCCAGUACAGGUUCGACGACGAGGCUCAGCGAGCGAUGAGAGAAGGCAAGGGAGCGAUGAUUCUUGGUCGACCUUGCCGCACAGAGAUGGCGCGCGCCCAGUCGUCAUUCAUUGUUUACAAGCACUCCGGCCAGCGCACUCGCCACAGCGAGGCAGCCGACCUCCUCGGUCGUUUGGGAGAAAUUUCCAAGACCGACUUCCUUGAAGAGGGUCUUCGGGUGGCGGCUGGGCUUCCCCAGGCCGUCAUUGUUACGUACAAAAUGUACGAUGCAAAGCGCGAUCCUCCACGAGUUUUUGCCACUGAUCCUACCUUCUGUGUCAAGGUCUUUGACCCGAAGACGCUGGCCCACAACGGAACUGCGUCUGCAUUCCGCCCACGUGAAAGAGGCUUCCUGCAGCAAUACGACAAGGAUCGCCGGUCUGUCUAUAUGGGAAACCUGCCGCCUACUAUAACCAAGGACGUUUUGCAGUCUCUAGCGAGCUCCUGCGGCAGAGUGCUGGAAGUCCAGCUUCAUUGCAAGGACGUGCCAGGUAUGAAUGGCCAGAAGACUUGUUUCGCGUUCGUGGAGUUCGCUCGUCCUGACGCUCCAGAUGAGCUCAUUGAGGCCAUGAACAAAACGUUCAUUGAUGACUACUGCAUCCGAGUCGAGCGAAAGGAGUCUCGGAUCAUUGACACACCCCGCCGAGCCGCACCUGCGGGCGGUCCGUCCCGCCACGCCCAAACCCUGACCCGUCGCCCUCGAGUCGGUUCGUUUGAGCUCGAGAAGCCGUCUGACCACCACACGGUCACCACGACGGGGGUCCGGGGACCGCCCGGCCGACGCACUCAGUAUGCCUCCAACUCCUUCACGCCUGGACGUACGCGCCAGCCUCGUCCGUCCAUACUCGGCGACUCCUCGUCCUCUGGACGUGGUUUGUUCGACGCCCCAGUGGGACAUCGCGCGAUUUCUGACUUGAACAGCGAUCUUCAGGGCGCCGGAUCUCACACCUCCCAACUCUCGGCCAAAAAGUCUGUGGACUUUGACCUCAGCCACCGCGUUGUGUCUAACAGCUCCGUCGAGUCCGACAACAGUGUCGCAGAGGCCAGAUCGCCUACGAAGACAGGCACCCAAAACAAUGCGGCCGCCACGCCGUCCUCGUCGCACCCUGGAACGCUGGCAGCAGCGCCAUCGACCGAGAUGAUGAGCCCUUACUCCAUGGUGCCUUGGGUGCCUUAUCCUCCUCAGUGGGCGUACCCGUACAUGGCUGCUCCUUUGAGCCCUCAGGCCAGCCCACCAGGCAUGUACCCUGGCUACAUGCCCCAGGCUAUGUACCCGGGCUUCGACAUGUUUAACCCCGUGAUGUUCUCGCCUGGCCCAAUGAUGCCAACCUUCCCUGGACUCCCCGGCUCGACUGGUGCCCCCAACAACCACUCCAACAACUCGCACCAGGCUGACGAAUCUAACUCCGCAGCUGACGGAAACAAUUCAGAGUCGAAGAACCCCGAACGUCCUGCGCAGUAA